UUCACAGUGAAAAUGUCCUCUCAGCUUUUGAAUUGUUUAAUAGUAAUAACCAUAUGUUCAACGUUAGUUGUAUGUGACAAAUACGUUAACAAAUUCAACGACAUAUAUGGCUGCAAGCAGACGAAUGCCGUAAAUGGUUACACCCAUGCAAUAGAAUUUAUUCCUACGGAAAACUUUCAAAACACUGGCCAUGGUCAAAAUUCCACCCUGUUUCGUAUUGGAAUUCUCGGUCCAAGUUACGCAGUAAUCCGUUUUUCGAAAAUCGCCAUGCCCUACAAUAAAGACACUGUACACGAAAUAGCGUUUGGAACGAGCUAUAACCAGUACACAGAAGUACGACGCCAGAUUCGAAACAACGCUAAGCACUACAAGAAUCAAGUGCUAGCAACAAUUUCGACCCCGAAGAUUCUCUCCGAAUUGGAACCAUUUGUGAUUACGGUUGAAUUCCUCCCGGGAGGAUCAGUGCAGCUUACGAGACUCAAUGAAACGGUCCCAUUUUUAGUGUUUUCGGAUCCAAAAGCUGAGAUUUCUUACAACUACAUAGGAUUCUCGAGCCAUUUAGUCAAAGUGAUAUUUUUCUUCGACUGUCCGAUGAUGAAUUUCCACUUGUGGACCGACACGUUAAAAUUAUGAACGAAGAAAUAUUUUAUGUAACAUGUAAGCUCAGCGUUUUGCUUUAGCGGAUCUCCGUAUAAUAAACUUUGAAGCUGUCCAAUGUAAUGUUAUCAGUUAAAUUAGGGCACAGACAAACAGACAUAACACUCGUUUUCCAUUCUUCGUACCGAUUAAACCGUCAUUUCAAAUUUAUUCUUAGUUGGGAAUGUCUCCGGUUUGGUCAAAGUGGCGCUUUUUUACGAAAGAACGGGAAUUCCCCAUAAAAAAUACUUGCUACUUCGAGGGAUACCCAUGUUGCUAUUUAAUAUUUGGGAAUGUCGAUCAUAGAUGGUGCUAGUGUUUAAGCUAAAAGUGAGGUACGAUAAUUUUUGUUGAUUUUUCUCCAAGAGUUAUGUCUGUUUGUCUGUGAUUAGGGUAUACCUUGUAGCUAUGUAAUUAUCUUGAGUCAUGUUAGCUUUAGCAGAGAAUGAGCAAACGCGUUUCGGACAAGUUAAAAUAACUCAAAACUUAAAAAACUAAAUUUACUAUUUACUACGAAAUUUUUCUCAUUUUACUUUAUUAUAAUGAAAAAAUAAAGAAAUUAUUGUGUAUUUUAU